AUGCAGACGGAACACCUCGUCAACAUUAUUAUUCUUGGAGCUCCAGCUUCUGGAAAGAAGAGCUUCAUACGGAGGUAUUGUCAAGGCGUCUUCACAGACUUGUAUGAUCCCAUUACCGAAACAUCCGGGGACCGGCGCCUGGCAAACAUCUCUGGCAUCCCGACAAUCAUCAACCUUGAGCGCAUCCCAUCGACGUUUAUCCAAUCUGCUCCCGAGUCCCGCCGCAUAGCAACGGAAGCGGAUGCUCUAAUUCUGCUAUACGACGGCUCCUCUAUCGAGAGUCUGGAAGAGCUUCGGCGCAUACGCCUUCAAGUGCUGGCUCCGCACUUAGGAGAAGCGGCGCCACCCACGGCCGUGGUUGCCGGCAAGGCCGAUGGCGCGGAGGCCGCGGGGAGCGUAUGGGAGCGGGGGUUAGGGGAGGGGAGGAAGCUGUCUGUGUUGUUAGGGGCUAAGUUUGGGGUUGCGUCGGCACUUUGGGGAGACGGGGUCAAGGAUGUAGUAGAGGAGCUGGCGGCCAGGGUUUUGGAAAGGAAGGGAGUCGGAAAAGAGAUGUUGAUGGGAGCAGGAUCAUAA